AUGCAGAGCGACUACUUUGGCGCCGCUGCUGAGUCGGAGAACGGGCGUGUUCGCGCACGUCCCGACUCUCCCACGCCCUCCGGCCCGGCGCGCAAAAUACAGAAGCGCGACUCGAUCGCCUCCAACGACGACAACGACGACACCAAGGACGACGCCGACGCUGACCACGCCGACAACCCGGGCGGUCCCGUGCCCAACGGUCCUCCUUUCAUCUGCCCCACCUGCGCCACCAGCUACUCGCGACUCGAAUACCUUAGGCGUCACGAGAGGAGACACGCCGACAUCCGUCCAUUUGUAUGCGAUUGUGGCAAGGGCUUCUCCCGAAGGCGUCAGUGUCGCGUCGUCCUGCAGCAAGAUGGCACUGGCGACGGCGAAAAACCCGCCGAAGGCGACUCUCCACCCAAGACCACCAAGCCCCGUCGCUCUUCCUCCACCGCCAAACCCGGCCGUCCAAAAGGCUCCACAAAGGCUGCAAAGGCGGCAGCCGCUGCUGCCAGCAGCACCAAUGGCGCGGCCGACGGUGCCGACGGCAAUGGACAUGCAGCCUCCUCGAGCAUGACCCACUCGGAUGGUCUUGACGGUCCUGCUCCGCCACCGCCCGCACCGCAUCACUCGGACCAGCUCACCCACGACGCGAUCGCUGUGGCAGCCGCUGCUGCAGCCGCAGCCGCUGCCGCGGGCCAUCCGCCCGCAGGUGCGCAGGGCCAUGAUGAGGAUACCUCCGCCUUGAUCGACCCUGCCAUCGCUGCCGACUCCCAGGCGCAGGCUGCGGCUGCCGCCACCACCGUAGCUGCCAUCAGCUCCGUGGCCGCGUAUCAGUACGCCAACUCCAUGGACCCCCCGGAUUUUCAUAUGGGGAGGGGAGCAGUUAACCCGUACGCUUCGACUCCCUUCCCGCUCCCCGUUCACUCGGCCGUCGCUGCCCUCCACCCGCAGCUCUACCAGCCCUCCAGCCCCGAGUCGAACGCGCCGAGAAGCGAGCACGGAAGCCCCCGCUUUGGCCAGCCUCUGGCCCGCCAUGGCAGCAACUCGGGCUCGCGCUACAUGCGCCAGUCUGCCUACGACCAGUACGCCGCCCGCCCCGCCACCUCCUUCGCCAGUGCCGCAGACGCUGCCAUCUGGGAAGGCCUCGAUACCGCCAAGCUCCCAUCUCCAGGUCACGUCACCACGCCCGGUUCCGCCGCCCGCGCCACCGCCAGCAUGCUCGCAUCGCUCGGCUUCCCCGUCACCUCGCCCUUGAGCCAUCUCGGCGACCGCUCGCGCACCGCCUCCCAUCUCGGCUCCGAUGCAAGCUACUUCCGCUCUACCGCUCCCGGCCUCUCGGGUGGCGUCGGUGCUGCCUCUUCGUCCAACCUCGGCGGCUACGCCUCUAACAAUGCCAACAGUCCCGCCUUUUCCUUUGGCACCUCGGCAUCAUCGGCGGACACGGGCGCAUCGUCGUCCAACCAUUCUGGCUCGGCAGCCACCGCGGCGAGCGGAACGACACAAGCAACCGAGGCUUCGGGCGCCACCACGCCCAAAGAGCCCGUGCGCUUCUCCGUCUCGACGCUCGGCCCGCUCUCUCCCUUCUCCAACACGGCGCUCAACUCGUCCAUGUCGCCGUAUCUGUCUGCCUUUUCCAACGCGCGCGACACGCCCCUCGUCUCGAGUCCCCGCUCGGCUUUGCCAACCACGCCUGGAGGCGGGCUCGCCUCGAUUGACCUAGGCGGUCAGUGGACGGGCAUGCGCCCACCUUCGCGCACGAUCAGCCGGCACAACAGCCUCCAAGGUAUCAACAUCUCGGGCAGUCAGAGCACCUCGCCCCAGUCGGACGGCAUCUCCGCUUCCGCCAGACUCGGCAAGAGCUCGUCCAGCGAGAAGCUCAGCGGCUCCUCCGACAAGACCGACGCAGGCGACGCGGGCGAUGCAAAGUCCACGUCGUCGACAACAUCGGCAGCCGGGGCUGUAUCGGCACCGACCACGUCGGCUGCCACCUCGGCUGCGGCAACUUUGGCAUCGACAGCUGCGACAACAGCGACGACAUCAGCACCAUCGACUUCCGCGUCGUCGGCAGUGGUGGCGGCCUCGUCCUCUUCGAGCGGCGGCGGUAGUACCACGACGUCGGCGCCCGUGUCCAUGGGCACCGGCAGCGGCAUCGACACGCCCAGUCGCUUCGUCAAAAACGAGUCGCAGCAAUAUUUUGAUGGAGGGGCUCUCACGCCAGGUCCCGAAGCCUUCCUUUUGAGGCUUCAGGGCGGCGCCCAGGAGUUGAGAGCCGGGAUCCAUGGAAGUGAAAUCUCCUUUUUCAACGGCCCCACGACGGCAUUUGGCUCGGCCGCGCUGGGCAACUCGCAGUUUUCCACGCCCAACUGGGACCAUUCGAUGUUCUCGAACCCCAGCGCUGGCGGCGUCGCUGCGGCCGCCGCCAACAGCGGCACGCCGGGCGUCCAGAUGAGCGCGCUCGGCUGGCUCAUGAGUCCCAGCAUCCAGCAGCUGCUCAAUGGUCUCAGCACCACUACGGCAGGGUCUGGCGCGGUGGACCUCACCAAUACGUCGGACUAUUUCAACUCGAAGAACAUCGCCGCCCAUUCGACGGCAGCGAUGGACGUCGACGGCGCGAUGGAUGUGGCGGCGAGCCUCGAGCUAGGACCCAUCCCGACGCCGCUCGAGAAGGCGCUGACGGAUACCAAGAAUCCGUUCUUCAUCCCGCCCGACAUGUUCCGACCUUGCUAUUCGGUGCUGCACUGGAAUCUGCCACCCAUCACGCGGUUGAGCAUGCUGGCGCUGCAUGCGCAGCAGAAUUUGCUCAAGCACUUCCCCGUGAUCCAUGAGCCGACGUUCCGGAUGGACACGCAACCGGGCUGCCUGGCGUUUGCGAUCUGCAUGCUCGGCGGGCACGAGGCGGGGCGCAAGUGGUGGGGCGGCGAGGAGGUUGUGCCCAAGUCGGCGGUGAAUCUGAUCAACAGCAACGGCGGGGCACACGAGCCGAUGGACGAGGUGCAUCGCAUCAUUGCGGACAAGUAUCCGAGCCAGUACGUGGACGAGGAGGACGGACAGGAGCUUGUCAAGCCGAUUGUGAUGAGCGAAAAGACGGACAUGUUGAUGCGCACGUUUGCAAGCCGGUGCAAGAGCAUCAAGGACAAGUGCUCGGUGGUGCAGGCGCUGAUGCUCUUCCAGAGCAACAAUUUCCUCAGCAGCGAUGCGACGACGCGCAUGGUGGCGGGCAUCUCGCACGGCACGGUGGUGACGCUGGCGCGCCAGGCGGGCUUCUUUGACCCGGAGGCCGACCAUGCGCAGCGCAACGUGGCGAUCUCGGCCGACGAUGUGACGCAGCAGGUGAUGCUCGAGACGCUCGACACGUGCUUCUCGUACUCGUUCAUGCCGUCGUAUGGCGCCGAAGACGACGAGGGCGACACGGUGUGGCGACGCUGGGCGGAGCUCGAGGGCCGGCGAAGAAGCGCGUUUGUGGUGUACACGAUGGACACGGUGGCGCACCUGGACGCGGCGGUGCCGACGUUGCUGUCGACCAAGGAGGUGGCGCAUCUGCCGCUGCCGAGCCCGGACGCGCUGUGGCGUGCGCCGACGUCGACGGUGUGGAGCAAGGCGCUCGAGCAGUAUCGUGCGCCGACGCUGGACGAGGCGCUGCAUCAGCUGCUUGUGGCAGGCGAGACGGAUUCCAUGUCGCCGCCGGGCGUCGCCGAGGUGCCGUCGAUCUAUGGCGAGCACGGACCGUUUGCGCGGCUGGUAAUGGUGCUGGCGCUGCUGCGCGGCAUCAUCGAGAUGCUCGAGGGCCGGGCGAACAAGGUGCCGCGGCCGUCGUCGUUGAGCAAGUGGCUCAAGCAGGGACUGGCGAGUCGCGCGGCAGGCUCGACGGUGGACGGGCAGGUGGCGCUGUACAAGCGCGCGCUGUCUCGCUGGCGCAAGGCGUGGGAUGGCGAUGCCACCUGCAGGCUGGCGUCGGUCAAAAAGGCAGGGCAGACAGGGCAGGCAGGGCAGACGGCCCAGACGAGCGGUGCGGCGAGCGACAUGAGCGACGACAGCCUCAGCACGCACUCUGGAUCGCCGACCAACAAGUGGGCGUGGCCAACGGAGCUGCAACCGACGCUCUUCACCCCGCUGACAGCGUCGGGGGCGACGCCGCUGUCGGACGAUGCGCUGCCGCUGUACUGGCUGGCGCAUGUGCUGGUGACGCACGCUGCAUCGAACCAGCGGCUGCCGCUGCGCAGUGUCGAGGGCAGGAUGGGCGCAGCGGGGCGCAACGGUGCGUUUGCAGCCAAGGGAGGCGGGCCCGAGAUGCCAGACUUUCGAGCCAUGCUGCGCUUUGCCAAGAACUUUGUCACGCGCGGCGAAAACCGCUCAACGACAGCAGGAGCUGCUAUUCGACCGCCUUAUCACGCACGACCACCUCCCUCACCUCGUUCAUACCUGAUCGGAGCGUCGAAGGGCCUCCAAAGCAAGAGCGCCGAUCAUCCUCUUGGCAGGCAUAGCCAGCACCCGCUCUCCAGCACGCCGCGCCAACCUUCGCGAUCCACAAGUCCCUCCGAGGCCCGUUUGCCCAAAAGGGCCAGGCUGGGCUUGUCUGCCACCCACUCUACUGCGGCCAACGGCGCUUCCUCUUCCUCUUCGUCUCGUACCUUGCUUCCCGCCGCUCCUGCCGAUCGCGACUCCAUCACGGCUAUGACCAACAACACCGCCAUGGCUUCCAACGGCAGCACCUCCAAUGGAAGGGCAAGCGGUGCGGCCGAGCAUGCGGCGUCGUACUCGGAAUCCGGCGGCUCGUCGAGCAACGGCCAUCGUUCCACCCGGCCGCCAGCUGCGCCCGUAGACGACUAUGCAGAUGCUGCCGUAUUCACUCCGCUUUUCGUGGGCAGCCCCAUCGACCGCAGGGAGCUCGUCAAGCUCACUCUCCAGUCGCUGCGCGAGAUGGGCUACGAUCAGGCCGCAAAGGCGCUCGAGGCCGAGUCCGGCAUCACGCUCGAGCACCCCUCCAUCACCGCCUUCCGCACGGCUGUGCUGAGCGGCGACUGGAGGAAUGCGGAGCGCCUGCUCAUUGACGGUCUCACCUAUGCCGCAAGACGCAUCCAGGCCGCGCGCUCUCCGCCCGGAGGCGCUAGCAUCGCACUCGAGCCUCAGCCGUCCUCGUCCACCGCCCCGUCGUCCGACGCCCAAAGCCAGGACCUCAUCGACUCGGUCCUGCGCCGACCCGAUGUGGUCAGCCUCCGCUCCAUCCGCUUCAUGCUCCAGAAACAACGCUACCUCGAACUGCUCGAGGCACGCCACACCAAGAAGGCGCUCAACGUGCUGCGUGAGAAGCUCACACCGCUCAACAACGAUACCUCGCAGCUCCACCUGCUCUCCAGUCUCGUCGUCACCGCUUCGCCAGAGCAGCUGCGUGAGCGCGCCCAAUGGGACGGCGCCAACGGCGAGUCGCGCAGGCAGCUCAUGAUGGACAUCGAGGCAGCCGUGUCGCCGCUCGUCAUGCUGCCCAGUCGCCGGCUGCCCCAGCUGCUCGAACAGGCGCAGAGCUACCAGAAGCACCAAGAUCCUUUCUACAACCAGCCGCACGGCGCGCCAUUCUCUUUGCUCACAGACCACCGCUCCGACCGCUCCGUGUUCCCCUCGCGCGUAGCACACACGAUCACCGACCACCACGACGAGGUGUGGUGCCUGGCAUUCUCACACGACGGCACCAAGCUCGCCACGGCAGGCGCAGACAAGACGAUGCUCGUCUGGAGCGUCACCGACGACUACAAGCUGCUGCAGAAGUUCGUGCCGCUCUCGGACAGCAUUUCGUCAGUGUCAUGGUCGCCGGAUGACAAGCAGCUGCUUGCCACCUCCGAAGUCGACGUCACGCUGUGCCGCAUUCAGACAGGCACCAUGCUCACGCUGCGCGAACACCAGUACACGGUCGCCACCGCAUCCUGGCUUCCGGACGGCUCGGGCUUUGUCACAGGCGGUAUGGACGGCAAGAUUGUCUACUGGGAUGCCGAUGGAUACGUCUUGCACAAGAAGACCACCUCGCCCUUCCGCGUGCUCGCCGUGGCAGCCUCACCGGACGGCGCGCAUCUCAUCGCACUCAGUCAGCGCGAAGUGGCGCCCUCGACAAUUCCCACGUCGGUCGGGCGCGGCCAUGCGGGUGUGUCGACGACAGCAUUGAGCGCCUCGACAGCCUCGGAUCAUCUGAGCGACAGCUCUUCGUCCACCACAACGCACACGACCACGUCGACGGGGCUGGGUCACGAUGCGCACGCCGAUCUGGGCGGCGGCUCGAGGACGAUGGGCACAGAGAAGAACCGCAUUCACUUUAUCAACCUGCGCACACGCGACGAGCUCGGCUCGAUCUACCUGCGCGAGGAGGUCGUGAGUCUGGCGGUGAGCGGCGACUCGCAGUACGUGCUGGUCAAUGUGCGUCCGAGCGAGCUGCAGAUGUGGGACAUCAACCGGCAGUGCCUGGUGCGCAGGUUCAACGGUCACCAGCUCAGCAGGAACGUCAUCUUUUGCGGCUUCGGAGGCAUCGACGAGAACUUUGUCGUGUCCGGCAGCGAGGACGCCAAGAUCUACAUCUGGCACCGCGCCACGGGCCGGCUCAUCGAGACGCUGAGCGGGCACGCCAAGGGUCCGGUCAAUGGCGUCGCAUGGCAUCCCAGAGACGCACUCACCAUUGCGAGCUGCGGCGACGACCGCACGGUGCGCAUCUGGAGGCCCGGAGGUGCUGUCCCCGCAAGCACGCUUGCCGCCGCGAGAGCAAGGGACGCGGAUAGAGGCAGAGAAAAGGCACCUGCCUCUGACGAUUCCGAGAUGAGCGGUGCGGCCAAUCCGUUCCCCUGGAGCCACGAGGACGCGUCGAGCACGGGCGAUGUCGACAUGAUGCGCUCGAUCCACGAAGCUAUGGACGUCGAGAGCGGCGACGCGCCCGACAGCUCCGAGCCCGAGACUAAUUUCGACGAACUGAUCGUCGGAUCGCCGAUUUUUCGAGAGGCAAGAACGGUGCACGAGGCAGCGAAACGCGAUUUUGGUGUUGGUCGUCGUCGCGAAGAAUUUCCAGCAGCCUUCCCUGCCGCCUCUCCACCAUCAGCACCCGCAUUCGCACCCGCACCUGCGACCAUGUUCACCACACCGUCUCGAGCGAGGGAUGCGCGCUCGUCGACGCCGCUAGCAGGCGCCGCACGCUCGGGCAACCGACCCUCGCGUGCAGGUACACCGGUGUUUGGAUCGCACGAUCCCAUCUCCCCGCCCUCGUUCCUCUCGCCAUCCACCUUCCGCCGCGACGACAACACGCACAACGACGCCGGCGACGUCUCGGCCAGCUCGCUCUUCCUCAAUGGCGCAAGGACGCGCACUUCGCGCGCACGCCCACGCCCAUCGUCGAUGCUCGCCGCCAGCGCAGGUCCUAGCGCCUCGCUGCUCAGCCCAAGCGCCGCGUUCGAUCGAGAGGGGUCUGUGGUCAGCGAAGACGCAGAGAUGCGGUCGGUUGCGGACACUGUCCACUCUGCUUCUCACGCCGGCUACAAUCGUCGCCCUGCGCCCGCACCAAAGGAUGCAAAGGCGCAGCUCGACGAGGGCACCGUGCUCCUCGGCGACCAGUGGCUCCACGUCUCGGCCUACUCGCGCCUGCCCACCGAGGUGCUUGAACUGCUGGCCGAGGCGGAUAUGUACAUUGAUGCUUUUCAGGGCCACCUCGACGUUCACACCGGAUACGCAUGCCUGCUCUCGCGCACCCAGUGCUUCGUGUGGAACUACGCCAGCCGCGGCAUCGGCACCGGCUCGCCCACCUGCUUUGUCUUCCCCGUGCCUCAGUACGCAUCCUCAAGCAUGUCGGCGAUCAACGACCUGUCGCACGCGUGCUUCCUGCCGCGCGGCGGGUCCGAGCGCGAACCCGCUCUGCUGCUCGUCACGCCCGACGGUCAAACGUGCCUGUGGGAAGGCAUUUCGUCGUCGCUCACACGCCAGGAUCGCGCACAGCGCAUCGCCGCACCGCUCUCGUCGGGCGAGGCAAUCGUCAAGCUGCAGCGUAUCGACGAGUCGACCGUCGUGCUCGCCACGAGUGCGUCGCGCCUGCUUCGCGUCUCGGUCGGCAGCAGAGCGGGCAUCCUCCAGGCCGAGGUGAGGCCAUUCUCCCAACCGCGCGGUCUGCUCGGUCGCAUCUUUGGCUCGAGCUCCGCCAUGGGCUCGGCCAACGACCACAUCCAGGCCAUCGCCGUAGCGCCCGCCCAGGCGUCCAAGCAGGGCCGCGAGGUGUAUGCGAUCGGCCGCAAGACGCUCCAAAAGUGGCACGUGCUCGACCAGGGUGGCGAACGCCUGCUCGCCGAGCAGGACGUGCAGCAGGUCGUCGCCAGCAGCGUGCUCCAGCUCAACGACGAGCGGUACAGCGCCGCACAGAGUCUGGCGUUCGAUCUCCUCGACGGCGCCGUCCAGGCCGAUGGGAAACUCGUGCUGCUCUUCUCCCAGUCCAAGACCGAGCACGAGCCGCUGCAGUACGGUCUUGCCGCACUCGACGUCGUCAAAGACGCGGCGUCGUUCGUCGUUGCGGCGAUCCAGCCCAUCAAGUACACCAGCUACGCGGAUCCCCGGCCGUACGCAACCCCCUCACUCAGCCUGCCCAACGGUGGGCCUGCUGCGUUCGUCACGUUCGCGGAUGCCGUCGUGGCCAAGCAGCUCGAAAACGGAUGCGAGUCGUUCGAGGAACUCAUCAAGCUCAAGGACGACGUCAAGAAUAGAUUCAUCGGCUCGGGCUGCGACACCGUCCAUGUCGGUGCCAACAAUGCCGUGGCUGCACUCUCGCUCAUCUCGGCCGCGUCGGGCUCGCUGCUGGUCGAGACGAGCAUCGACGCGAUCCGCAAGCGCUGCACCGCAUCCGCAACUGCAGCGGACCGUCAGCGUGCAGACACCGAGCGUCUCAAGGGCAAGCUCGAGCAGGCACUCUACUACUCCGAGUCGCCGCUCAACCCUCUCACCUUCCGCCUGCCCGAACAUCUUCAGGGCACGCUCAUGACCGCGUGCCAGGACCUCAGCCGCGAGCUGCUCACAUUCUCCAACCCCAUUGCGCAGAGCGUGCCGCCGCCCGUCGACCUGCGUGCUGCGCUCAAGGACCGGCUGGGCAAGCUGCGCUUUCUGGUGGAAUUCGUGGCGAGAUGCGGCCACCUGGAGAAGCUGCCGCAGACGACCAAGCGCCAGCUGCGCGCGGACGCCGAGCUGGCUGCGGCGCUCGCAGAGCUGUGGGUGUAUCAGAACGAGUUCUACUCGGCCUCGCACGCGCAGGCUUCGGCGGCACAGAGCCCGCUGGCGCGUGCGAUCGAGACGGUCAUGGCCGAGCAGGGGCUCGGCGUCGGCAGCGACGAUGUGGUGCGCCGCUUCUUUAGGCACCAUGCGGACCUGAGCCCGCGCGUGCUGGACCGGCUGCUGCGCCAGGCGAGCACAGUGUCGGCGCAGCCGCUGCGCACGCGCUCGACCGACGUGCUCGAGCUCAACCGCACCGUGCUCGCUGCGUUCCGCGCCGCUCUGCGAUACCGCAAGGAGCACGGCCGACUGUACGGCAUCGACGCCAACAAGGACGCGGCUUUCGAAGCGUGGACCGCCCAGAGCGGCAACGUGCAGCUGCUCGAGACGCUCUAUUCGAUCAGCGUCAACCUCAUCCCGGACCGCACGCGCGAGCUGGGCUCGAGCAUCGAUGUGGCGCCCACCGAGUACUCGGGCGCGGGCGACGAGGUGAAGCGCGAGCAGCGCGUGCAGGCCGAGCUCAAGGCGCAGCUGUGUACGCUCGCUGACGUCGCCAUGGCGUGCUACGAGGAGCGUCUGCGCUAUCUGCAGGCGGCGGCGGCGGCGGAUGCGGCGUACGAGCGCGAGCUGAGCGUGUUUGGCGCUACGCUGCGCUCUGCGCGGCCGCUGUUCAUUCGACCGCUGGUGGGGAUCGGUCGGUCGGACCGGGCGUUUGCGCUCGCCGAGCAGUACGAGGACUUCGGCACGCUGGUGGAGCUUUGCAACGAGGCGCAGCUGCGCUCGCCCGCGCGCCUCGACUCGUACCUCGAGCGCUACAAGCAGCCGUUUGCGUUCGAGCUGUAUGCGUACUACCUCGCGCACGGCCAGCCGCGCGUGCUGCUUGAGCAGAAGAGCGAGCAUGCGCAGCUCGUGCUCGACUUCCUCGCGCAGCCCGGGCACGAGCGCAUCGCGUGGCUGCACGACCUUGCGCUGCAGCGUUACGGCGAGGCAGCCCACACGCUCGAGCGUCUCGCGCUGGCUGAGGGCGUGCUUGCGCAGAGGAAGCUCAUGAUGAGCCUGGGCAAGCUCGGCGUGCUCUCGACGCUCGCGCUGCAGGACCUGCAGACGGUGGGAACGCAAAAGCAGAUCGAGUUCUUCGACGACCAGCUCGACCUCAUCGCCGUGCAGGACAGUCUGGCGACGCUGUGGGAGAAUGCGCUGGGCGGGCUUCCCGCCAAUCUACCCGCAGCUGGCAGUGCGCAGGCACGUGAGCUUGCGACCGAGAUCGUCGAUGCCGUAGCAACGAGGCUGCGAGAGUACCCAGGGUACCGGGAGCACUACGUGGAGCUGGUGCAGAGGCUGUUGUUCGAGAACCGCUACCUGGGCUCGGAGGAUCUUGUGGAUGUCUUGACGCUCAAGGACACGCCCGAGAACCAGCUCGAGGACUUUGCCACGGCGCUCAAGGUUCUGGUUCGCGCCAAGGAUGCACCGGAGCCGCGGCUGCGCGAGGCGCUCAAGGCGGUGUGGCGCCGCGCAGUGGUGCGCGACGACUGGUUCGCGCUGUCCGAGACCACCAAUGUUUCGGACCAGACCGUGCUUGCCGACCUGCAGGCUACGGCGCUGUAUGCGGUGCUGGGCGAGGUGCUUGCGGACGAUGCGAAUCGGUCGGCGUAUCUGGAUGUGCACGAGCUCGUGGGCGAUGGCGAAGAUGCAAAGGCGCUCGUGGCGGCUAGGAUGGCAGAUAAGGGCGAUGUGGAGGUUGACGCCGUCUGGCACGAUCGACAGAAGGAGCAGGCGACCGUAGCGGCGUUCUUGGACGACUCGGAUCUGCCCCGCCUCGCGGUGGAACUGGCGCGCAUCGCUGCAGGUCACGACACGGCCGACGUCGAGGAUAGCAUGGCCCUCGAGUAG